CCUUGGUUAUGGUUUUGCUGAUGGACCAAGUAGAAGCGAGAAGAAGGGGCAGGCCAAGGACAAACAAUUUACCUAUUUGUCCUCUGGGUGCCACUUCGAACGAUCUGAAUUGUAGCCCUGCUGGUGCACAGAGAGGAGGUCUUAUGGCAUUUCCAUCACAUAUAACCGGAAAACGAUUCAUGCAGGCGCUCUAUCCACGAGAUGAUGAUAAUCAAGAGUAUGGCGAUGUGGAUGAUGACAUACUCAACGCAAAACAAGGUCUUGGUUAUUCAAUAUACAGAUCGAUUGCCAGGGCAAGAUCUCUGAAUGAACUGGAAAGCAUGUUGAGUUACCUGACAGAAAUGAAAGAAGAACUUGGUGACAUUUACCCUGAUGUUCAAGAAGACGCGAAAGAAGAAGCUUAUUAUAAUGUUUAGUUACGAUCUUCGCGAGUAUUGUUUGGCAUACUUAGUAUAUUACUACGAAGCUUAUCUGAUGAUGUUAAAUUAAUGAUCCCAUUAUGGGAUUAUCUCUUUUAAUUAACUAGUAUACACUUUCAUUCACUUAUUGCAAGACCAAUCAAACAUAUUUCAUGCAUAAACUUGACGGAGUUUGCUGUUUUACUGUAGUGUUCCUUAUCGUUGUGAAAACUGUUAGUGUAUCAUAUGUAAUUGUUAAAUACAAUAAAGAAGUAUUUAUGCUA